ACAUACAAGCAAAAGUGAACAGUGUACAGUUUAUAAAAACAAAUAGAAUAUAAAUUUGUUUGAAAUACGUCAUAUAGUGUACGUGAAAAGUGAGCAAAAUGCAUUAGUUUAAUAAAACGGGCAUAAAUUAAAGUGACAAAAGCGCACUCGUAGCGCAGCUCAGCUGCAGCCGCAGUCGCAGUUGACGUCAACGUCAGAGUCAACGCCGCCAUAGCUAUGAAGCGACAGCACACCGACCGAAACGCAACGUUUGCCAAAGAUUAUUUACGCUUAGUAAUUAGUAAACAAUAAACAGAGUCAAGGAACGUAGAGUCAAAUACUAUACACCAGAAUGACUUCCCGACUUGAUCGCCUUUUCAUAUUGCUCGAGUCGGGCUCAACGGCCGCCACGCGUCAAGCGGCAGCCAAGCAAAUUGGCGAAGUGCAAAAACUUUAUCCACAUGAGUUGCACGCGCUGCUCAAUCGCCUGGUUGGCUAUUUGCAUAGCAACAACUGGGAGACACGCAUUGCGGCAGCACAAACCGUCGAGGCCAUACUUAAGCAGGUGCCCAGCUGGCAGCCAGAGCUACAGCUGCAGUCAAAGCUGAUCAAAACAGAGCGCAAUGCCAGCGAUGCCAAUGAGGAGGACAGCUGCCAGUCCAAUGCUUCCUCUAACACAACCACAGCCACAACUAGCGAACGUUUGCUUAGCUUUGAUGAGUUCGAUUUGCAACAAAUACUGCAAAAGGGCGCACGUCUCAUUGGCUCCGAGGGCAAUGAGUUCGAUGUGCAGGAGGAGCAGCCAGCUAGCGCUGGCGGCGCUGAGGAUCAAAGCGUUGCGACGCGCCUAAGUCGUCAGCGCGCCAUGCUCAAUGAUAAGCUGGGACUGACGGCAGCCGCCAAGCUGGGCGUCAAUCUAACUGACAUGAUUACCGAUGAUGAUGUCGCCUUGGCGCGCAGCGGCAGCAGCUAUAACGUCAAUGCUGAGAAACUGCCGGUGGAGCAUAUUUUGAAUUUAAAGUCGCUUAAUGGUAGCGGCUCAACAGCAGCUGGUCAGCGCUUAAGCUGCCGCGAAAUGAAUCGAGCUAAGCGUAAGGCACGUCAAGGCAGCAGCGCCACAGUCUCAGUUGCGGCUGUCUCAGUUACACCCACCUGCAGUCGACGCAACUCAACAGCAGGCAGCGGCAGUGGCAGUAACAGCAGCUGCAGCAGCAGCAGCAACACCAACAACAACGGCAAUGGCGCUGGCGCUGGCACUGGCGCUGGCAGUGUUGUCAACGCCAGUGAUGAGCCAGAGAAAAAGAAGCUCAAAGCCAUUGACAGACAUGAGAUUUUCUACAGCUUAAACGCCGCUGUGCCAGAUGCCACCGGCACUUGGAUUGAUGCUGUCUCUUGGCCGCUGGAGAAUUUCUGCGCACGCUUGUUCAUUGAUCUCUUCCAUGCCAAGUGGGAGGUGCGUCAUGGGGCAGCAACAGCAUUGCGUGAGCUCAUCAAUCAGCAUGGCCAGAGUGCGGGCAAGUGUGCACAGCAGACGCCGGAGCAAAUGCAUGAGGCGCACAGUCGCUGGCUGGAGGAUGCGGCGAUACGUUUGCUUUGCGUGCUUUGUCUGGAUCGCUUCGGGGACUUCAUUUCCGACCAAGUGGUGGCGCCAGUGCGUGAAACAUGUGCGCAGGUCUUGGGCACACUGGUCAAGUCCAUUGAUGAGGGCAAAGUUCAGCGUAUUGUGGACAUAUUGCUGCAGCUGAUACGCCAUAAGAAUGAGUGGGAGGUGCGUCAUGGCGGUCUACUGGGCUUGAAGUAUGUGUUUGUGGUGCGCGUGGAGCUGCUGCCCAUUUACUUGCCCAAUGCCAUAACGGAUAUACUGUCGGGCCUGCUGGAUGCAGUGGACGAUGUGGGCGCAGUGGCAGCUGCUACCUUAAUACCCGUUGCCAUGUGGCUGCCCAAGCUGUUGAAUCCCACGCAAGUGUCGGCAAUUGUUAAAAUGCUGUGGGAUUUGCUGCUGGAUCAGGAUGAGCUUACAUCGGCUUGCAAUAGUUUUAUGGGCUUGCUGGCGGCUAUACUCAGUCUGCCUCAAGCUGCGUCUUGGAUACAAAUGGAGCCUAUGGGCACGCUGGUGCCACGUCUCUUUCCAUUUCUCUCGCACAGCACCAGCUCAGUGCGACGUUCGACGCUGAAGACGCUGCUAACGCUAACCAGCAAUGUUGAGAUUAAACGCGAGCCUAACAAAGAAGAGGAGGAGGCGGAGCAGCAGCGAGAGCUGAAGCUAAACUUCGGCGUCGUAGAAUGGAGCUGGCAGCUGCUACAGCAGGCCCUGCGUCACAUCUAUCAGCGUCUGCUGGUCGAGCCACAAGCAGAUAUACAGGCAUUGGGCCAACAGGUCUGGUCCAAUCUUAUACAGCACGCAGAUCUGGGUGCGCUGCUGCAUGCUGCCUGCCCGUAUGUUUCAUCCUGGAUAUGUCUGGCCAUGCAGCCACCACGUCUGGCCUUUGAUCCGAGCGUGCUCAUACGGGCCGGUGUUGCUGGCGAUGCAGCAGCAGCGGCAACAACGCCGCGUCGUCGCUUGCCACGCGUCGGAGACGAUCUGGGCGGAGUGGCUUUGGCGCAUAGCAAUGCCACACAAAAGUUGUAUCUGGGCGGCAGCGAGGCGACGCCGCAGGAGUUGCGUGAGUUGAAUUUUAUACGCGCACGCAUAACAGCGUCGCGUGCUUUGGGCGCACUGUCCCACUAUCUGGUGCAGCCGGCGCCGGGUGUCACCUACACCGCACAAAUGGAAAGUCCCACCGAUUGCUAUACCAAGGUGCUGUUGGGUCAUCUGAACUCGCGUUCUGCCGUGCAGCGCAUUGUCUGUGGCUUGAUAAUUGCCUGUUGGGCGCUGGACAAUGAGCCAGUGCGUCCAGGGCCGCCCAAUUUGCAGGAGAAGCUGCAUUUGUGCGUUGCCGAGUAUUUGUACUACGACGAGGUGGUCAUCUCCAUGACGCGCCUGCUGCAGGAGGCACAGGAUUUCAUGGCCACGCUCAAGCAGAAUCGUAUACCGAUUAGUGACUUCAACAAUGCCAAGAUUUUAACGCUUGACCAAAUCGAAGCUGUGGCUACCACGCUCAGCGAGAAUCUAUGUCAAUACGGUCUGAAGCCCAAGCUACUAGAAAUGCUGCUCGAGCGUCGUCGCAGUCUGCAGGCUGCACACCAACAGACAACCAGUGAACAAAGCGCCUACCAUGUGAGCGCCCAGGCAGCCUUGGCAGGCGCCAUCUGUGCGCUGCACUGCCUGCCGGAGAAGCUGAAUCCAGUGGUGAAGCCGCUCAUGGAGUCCAUUAAGCGUGAGCAGUGCCUGCUGCUGCAACAGCUGUCUGCUGACUUUCUGGUGCAUCUUAUGGAUCAAGUUUGUGAUAGAAAUCCUAGUCCCAAUAGCAAAAUUCUCAACAAUCUGUGCACGCUGCUGCGCAGCGAUGCCGAAUAUACGCCCAAACUGCUAAUGCCGCUCCAGACGCUGCAGCAGACGCGGCCCAGUGCCAACGAAAGCUGCGUCUACUUUGGUAUCCUGACGCUAUCGCAGCAGCAACAGGCCGUCAGCAGCAACCACAGCAACAGCAGCAGCGUCAAUGCCAAGGCCAGCGCAUCAGCUUUAGCACACCCCACACCUACUCGUGGUCCAGGUCGACCGCCAGCUAGCGAAGUAUUGGCUGCAGCCACAGCCGUUGCUGCCAGCCUCGAGCUGAGCGUGCAGCAGGCCAAGGAAACGGAGGCGCGUCAUUGUCGCACGCAACGUCUGGGCUCCGCCUGUGCCAUAGCCAAGCUCUGCAGCAGCUUUGGCGCGCGCAUUGUGGAGAAGGUGCCAAUCUUUGAGCAGCUGCUCUUCGGCAAGCUGCAGCAGUUUGUGGCCAACACAGAUGAGCAGACACUGGCCAGCACGCUGCCAGAGCUAAAUGCCUGCAACGAAUUGAUUGGCUCGCUGCAGCUAAUUGAGACGGCGGCGCCACAUUUGCAUGCCGAGUUGCAUGCACAGCUGUUCAGCUUGCUGCCACAGUUGGGCUUUAUAGUGCGGCACCCGUUGAAAGCGUUGCGGCAUAUGGCAGCGCGCUGCAUUGCUGCGCUUGCCGAGCUGGAUGCCUGCCGCACCAUGGAGUUUGUGGUGCAGCAGCUGCUAGGACUGCUGCUGAAGGUGGAGCGACCCAUUGAACGCCAAGGCGCUGUGGAAACAAUAGAGCGUGUGGUGAAUCGCUUGCAAAUACGCAUUGUGCCAUAUAUAGUGCUGCUGGUGGUGCCGCUGCUGGGCGCUAUGAGCGAUACGGAUGAGUCUGUGCGCUUGCUGGCCACGCACUCGUUUGCCACGCUCAUACAGCUGAUGCCGCUGGAUAGUAGUGCACAAGUGAAGGAUGAUGCGCUGCAGCAGCGCAAGACGAAGGAUCGCGAGUUUCUGGAUUAUUUGUUCAAGCCCAAGACCAUACCGGAUUAUCGCGUGCCUGUUGAGCUCAGCGUCGAGCUGCGUGGCUAUCAGCAGGCGGGAAUCAAUUGGCUUUGGUUUCUCAACAAAUACAAUCUGCACGGCAUACUCUGCGAUGACAUGGGUCUGGGCAAGACGCUGCAGACCAUUUGCAUACUAGCAGGCGAUCACGUGCAGCGUCGCGAGGCGCAGCUAGCACCACUGCCCAGUCUGGUCAUCUGUCCGCCUACGCUCACGGGCCACUGGGUCUAUGAGGUGGAGAAGUUUCUGGCGCAGUCGCCAGUGCUGCGUCCGUUGCACUACUUUGGCUUCCCCGUGGGACGCGAGAAGUUGCGCAGUCAAAUUGGCACCAGCUGCAAUUUGGUCGUCGCCUCCUACGACACCAUACGCAAGGAUAUUGAUUUCUUUAGCGGCAUACACUUCAACUACUGUGUGCUGGACGAGGGACACAUUAUUAAGAAUGGCAAAACCAAAAGCUCCAAGGCCAUCAAACAGCUUAAGGCCAAUCAUCGUCUGAUUCUAUCCGGCACACCCAUACAGAACAAUGUGCUGGAGCUGUGGUCGCUGUUUGAUUUUCUAAUGCCCGGAUUUCUGGGCACUGAGAAGCAGUUCAUACAACGCUAUUCGCGUCCCAUUUUGGCUUCGCGGGAUGCCAAGAGCUCACCCAAGGAGCAGGAGGCUGGCGUGCUCGCCAUGGAAGCGCUGCAUCGCCAGGUGCUGCCCUUCCUGCUGCGACGCGUUAAGGAGGAUGUUCUCACUGAUCUGCCGCCAAAGAUUACGCAGGAUCUGCUCUGCGAGCUUAGUCCGCUGCAGCAGCGACUUUAUGAAGACUUUAGCAAUAAACAUCUGAAAGACUGUUUGGAUAAGUUGGAUGACGGGGAGAAUCUCAGUGGCAAGACGCACAUCUUUCAAGCACUGCGCUAUCUGCAAAAUGUUUGCAAUCAUCCAAAGCUGGUGCUGCGUCAAGCUGGCGAUGAUCUCAGCAAUGUGGCCGCGCAGCUGGCGAUUAACAACACCAGCUUAGAUGACAUUGAGCACUCUGCCAAGCUGCCUGCAUUAAAACAACUGUUGCUGGAUUGCGGCAUUGGCAUGCAGACGGAGUCGGUUAGUCAGCAUCGCGCGCUCAUCUUUUGCCAGCUGAAGGCCAUGUUGGACAUUGUGGAGCAUGAUCUGCUGCGCAAGCAUUUGCCCAGUGUGACAUAUCUACGCUUGGAUGGCAGCGUGCCCGCCUCUAUGCGUCAGGAUAUUGUCAACAACUUCAACAGUGAUCCCAGUAUUGAUGUGUUGCUGUUAACCACACUGGUUGGUGGCCUGGGUCUAAAUUUAACUGGCGCCGAUACGGUUAUUUUUGUGGAGCACGACUGGAAUCCAAUGAAGGAUCUGCAGGCCAUGGAUCGUGCGCAUCGCAUUGGGCAAAAGAAGGUUGUGAAUGUUUAUCGCCUGAUUACACGCAACUCGCUUGAGGAGAAGAUAAUGGGACUGCAAAAGUUCAAAAUAAAUACUGCCAAUACGGUUGUGAGCGCUGAGAACGCUUCGCUACAGACCAUGGGCACAUCGCAAAUCUUUGAUCUGUUCAAUGGCAAAUCACAGGCUGGGAAUAGCGGUGCAGCUGCUGCUACAGCGGCCGGGAGUAGUGGAAUGUCCAUGAAUGCGAUUAUUGAAAACUUGCCGGAACUUUGGUCUGAGCAUCAGUACGAGGAGGAAUACGAUCUCGGCAACUUUGUGCAGGCUCUGAAGAAGUAAAGCCAGCCAACUAUUUCCAAUUUUUAAGACUUGGCGCCUUCGCUUACCAUCAUUACACAAAUUAAACACACGCAUCAAGUUAUCAGUUUAAAUUUUAUAAGCACGGAUUUGAAUUAUUUUAUAUGAUGUUCCUUUUGCAAAAUACAGAUGAAGAUGUU